UUGGCUAAUGAUGCUUCCAUGCUAAUCAUGAAUACUUCUUGAUUAAAACAUACCUAAAUCGUGCUAACUUGCUAGACAAGUUUCACGUCUGAAGCCUCAGUCGAUGUCUUUAACAUUUUUACUCUGCUGAUCUGCCAACUCUGUGUCUGUCUGUCUGUCUGUCAUAUUUUCUGACAGUGUGUCGAUUUUAUAAUUCGCGAAUUUCAACGAAAAAUAAACACGCGGUUGUAACUUUUAUAUUGACUCUCAAGUAUUGGUACAACAUUACCAUGCCUGAACCAGGAAACACGUUCUUAUUCAAUGAUCUAAUACCGUUACCAUUCAGAAUAUUGUUUCUCAUUCAACUAGGAGCAACUUUUUGGUAUUUGCUAGUGGUAAUCCUAUAUUAUUUAUCACCAUUAAAUGUACUUCAAUUGAUCAACCUUUCUUAUUCAAAUCAUAAUUAUGCCGAACUAGACAAUAUUGUCCCUUCCACCGGUGAAUUUGCUACUACAGUACCUGCAGAUAGAGAAGAAAAUACCCGGUUGAUCAGAGGGAUUUACAAUGAUUUAAAGGGAAUACUGAUUGUUAAUCUCAUUUGUUGGGCGGCAUUUAAAGUCCUUCAAAGGUAUGAAUGGUUGAAAUAUUUCUCCUAUCCUAUACCAGCUAUUGCAUUUGCAUUCUUGUUCUAUCGAGUAUUUUAUAAAAGCACAAACACUAUGGGCCAGGUUAGGAUAUUCACAACAAUCAAGCGUAUCCUUAUUGGUAAUAUUAAUUCAAUCAGCAUGAGAACGAAUGACAUUCUUAUAAGUGAUAGUUUAGUAUCCUAUGCCAAAGUAUUGAAUGAUUUCUCCUUGUUUAUGUGGACUUACUAUUACGCACCUAACCAAGACUACGAUUACAAGUUAGAGAUGUUUGUUUUGGCCAUUCCUACUUUUAUUCGUAUCAAACAGUGUUAUAACGAAAUUCAAAUCACGGGUCAAAGACUGCAUUUGUUCAAUUUAAUCAAAUAUUCCACUAAUUUGGGCCCUUUAAUAGUUAAUGCUUUAAUCAAAAGAACCUUGAUAAAUUCAACCGAUGCUGAGCGAAAAUCGGGGGAGUUGUUAAACCAAUUAAAUACACUUAACAAUUAUUGGUAUUUCUUUCUGGCCUUAAACUCAACUUAUUCUUUCAUUUGGGAUGUAAAAAUGGAUUGGUCGUUAGGGUUAUUUGACUUCAUAUUCAACAUCAACCAUCCGUACAAGUUUCAACCAUUGAGAAGAAACUUGGCAUAUAAGAAACCAGUGUACUAUCUUGCCAUAGUUGUUGAUUUCAUGUUACGAUUCAUUUGGCUCUUGAAAAUAUUCAUAAUUAAAGAAGAAUUGGAACAUAAAGUAACAUACUUGCAUUUGUUUUCUACCUUCUUGUUUGGAUACGAUGCUUAUUCAUUCGGGUACACCAUUGUUGAAUUGUUGGAAAUUUAUAGAAGAUGGCUUUGGUGUUUCUUGAAGCUUGAAUCAGAUUGGUGUAAAUUGUCCGUAGAAAAGGUGGAGGAUAUCGAAUUAUCUCAGAUUAAACAGGGAUAAUGAAUUUAUAGACAGAUACCUUGUGUAGAAUAUAUUUUGUACAUUUCAAAUAAUAGAAGCUUCUUUUUUGUUUGUACACAAAAGAGGGUAUGACAGUUGUCAAAACAAGAUGAUUUGAACACAUCAUGUCAAAGCAUUUCAAUAGAUGUUUUUCACUUAU